UUUAAUUACCGCUCUUCCCGGAGCGACGAGAGUGAGGAUGACCGCACCCCGGAGCUGAAUCCAGGGAGGGAGGGGCUCUUGGGGCAGAGUUGGGGCGUUCCAGUUCACCUCUGGCCCCCAGCUGGGAGUCCUGGCCCGCCCCAGCUGCGUACGCGGCGGGCACACCACACCUGCCGGGGUCUUCACCCCCAGCUGUGAGGCCGAAACUCCCCCAAUCCCGGAGGGCGCCCUACACCUGCUGCGGCUCUGCCCUAUAUCCCCGCAGCUGUGAGGCUGAGCACCACCGUGCUGAGAGGCCCGGGACCAGGGCAGGUGCAGGGCAUUCCCACUGCCCCCCUAAACCCCUUCCCCCAAGUUUUUCUUUGUGGGUCUUUGACGUGACGUUUAUGUGCAGGUUCCCUCCAGUCUCCACUUUUUUGGGGAACCCAAGUCCUUUCUAAAGAUACAAUUCCAUUUCCCAGGCUGGCAUCCUCUUUUUGUAAAACCCUUUGCAGGUGGGUUGCAGGAGGAGCAGAUACUGCACUGGAUCUUUAGAGCAACCCCAGUGAGGAAUGAUAUUCUCUCCAAUUCCUCAAAAGCCCUCCAUUAGUCCCAGCCUCCCCCCCUCACCCCAAUACUCUGUAACGCUGGUGAAUGUAGAGCCAGGCUAAACCACCAAGGUUCAACUGGGUUUUGGGAAACCCCUGGGGACUGAGCUGCUGCCCCCAAGGUCUGGCCAUUAGAAACCCCAACUCCGUCGGGAGAGGGUUUUGGGGACGGUUAUUCUGGAUUUCCUUCCACAUGACUGCUGCCCUGAUCAACCCUCAAGCAGAAAGGCCAGCAGCAUCCAGCCAAACCUCCAUGGACCCCCGGGGCAUCCUGAAGGCAUUUCCAAAGCGGAAGAAAAUCCAUGCCAAUCCAUCAUCAAAAGCAAUUGCAAAGAUGCCCAAGAGGGAAGACAGAGAAGAAGCAGGAGAGUGGCUGAGCUCCCUGCGGGCCCAUGUGGUGCCCACUGGCAUUGGGCGAGCCCGGGCCGAACUCUUUGAGAAGCAGAUCAUCCAGCAUGGUGGCCAGAUAUGUCCUGCCCAGGCCUCAGGGGUCACUCAUAUUGUGGUGGAUGAAGGCAUGGACUGUGAGCGGGCCCUCCGUCUCCUUAAACUGCCCCAACUGCCCACGGGUGCCCAGCUGGUAAAGUCAGCCUGGCUGAGCUUGUGCCUUCAGGAGCGAAGGCUGGUGGACACAGCAGGAUUCAGCAUCUUCAUCCCCAACAGGUACCUGGACCAACCACAGCCCAGCAAGGCCAACCAAGACUCUUCUACUCCUCCUGGCCCCCAUGAGGCUCUGCUCAGGACACCCCUUUCUCCUCCCCCUCCUCCCACCAGACCUGUAUCUCCUUUCCAGAAGGCAGAAGAGGCACCAAGCAUCCAAACCCAGCCUGGCUCUGAUGAUGAAACCAGUGAUGGAGAAGAGACCCAGGUUAGCGCAGCUGAUCUGGAAAUCCUGAUCAGCGGCCACUACCCCACCCCCCUUGAGGGAGAUGGGGAGCCUAGCCCAACCCCUAAGGCCCUAGAUAAGUGGGUCUGUGCACAGCCUUCAAGCCAGAAGGCGACCAACCACAACCUCCACAUCACAGAGAAGCUGGAAGUGCUGGCCAAAGCCUACACUGUUCAAGGAGACAAGUGGAGAGCCCUAGGCUAUGCCAAGGCCAUCAAUGCCCUCAAGAGCUUCCACAAGCCUGUCACCUCUUACCAGGAGGCCUGCAGUAUUCCUGGGGUUGGAAAACGGAUGGCUGAGAAGGUCGUAGAGAUCCUGGAGAGUGGGCAUCUGCGGAAGCUGGACCAUAUCAGUGAGAGCGUGCCUGUCUUAGAGCUCUUCUCCAACAUCUGGGGAGCAGGAACCAAGACUGCCCAGAUGUGGUACCAACAGGGCUUCCGGACCCUGGAAGACAUCCGCAGCCAGGCCUCCCUGACUACCCAACAGGCCAUUGGCCUGAAGUAUUACGGUGACUUCCUGGAACGCAUGCCCAGGGAGGAGGCUGCAGAGAUCCAGCAAACAGUCCAGGAAUCAGCCCAGGCCCUCAACCCCGGGCUGCUGUGUGUGGCAUGUGGUUCGUACCGACGGGGGAAAGCCACCUGUGGUGAUGUGGACGUGCUCAUCACUCAUCCAGAUGGCCGGUCCCACCAGGGCAUCUUCAGUCACCUCCUUGACAGCCUCCGGCAACGAGGGUUCCUGACAGAUGACUUGGUGAGCCAGGAGCAGAACGGGCAGCAGCAGAAGUACUUGGGUGUGUGCCAGCUCCCAGGGCCCAGGCGGCGGCACCGGCGGCUGGACAUCAUCGUUGUGCCCUACAGCGAGUUUGCCUGCGCGCUGCUCUACUUCACUGGCUCUGCCCAUUUCAACCGCUCCAUGAGGGCUCUGGCCAAGACCAAGGGCAUGAGCUUGUCAGAGCAUGCACUUAGCACGGCUGUGGUCCGGGAUACCCAGGGCCUCAAGGUGGGGCCUGGCUGGGUGCUACCCACUCCCACCGAGAAGGAUGUCUUCAGGCUCCUAGGCCUCCCUUACCGAGAACCGGCUGAGCGGGACUGGUGACCCAAGACUGGGGGGCCCUGGACCAGCCACCCCACCCAGAUGACCAUCCAAUACCCCUCUCCCACCUCAGCUGGCAGAACCUCACUACUUCACCCACCCGCCAUCCUCAGCAAGCACCACGAUCUCAGGGUCCACACAGCCCUUUCCUAAACAGGAACAAGCUGCUAGCCUUUUUACCUCACCACUGGCCCUGGUAGAGUUUUGCACAUGCUCUCUGCCCCAUUCUAAUCAGGGAAGGGACAGGUGGCUGGUUUGAAGCCCAGCUUCCUGUGCUGAGGACCCAGGCAUCCCCCCUCCUCUGCCCUGGAGAGGGGCUGCAGAAGAGGCAAGCAGCUGUGGUCCCAGCAUCAUCCAAGACCCUUUGGAGUAGGAGAAUGAGCAGUUCCACAUGUACUCCCUUGACCCACCCUGCUUCCUGUGCAGCUGGAGGUGCUGGGGAGAGGGCCCCCAGGCUCGGGGAGGACAGCAAUGGAAGGCCCAGAGGCCCAGUAAAGUGCAUUUGACAUUCAACCUCUCUGGUGUCUGUGAGCUGCUGCAGCCCCUGCCUGCCUUCUUCCUGCCCAGGCAUACGGGAUGGGACCUGAGCAGGGAGUUCAGAAAGGCUGCAUGAACUACCCUUGAAAAGAGCCAGGCCUGAGCUGGCUUCUGAACUCAGGAGCGGAGCAGGGGUGGCUGUCAACAGGAGAAUUUGCGGGGGGGAGGGCAGACAUUAGCUCCUCACUAUCUACCUAUCAGCAGCACCUGUGUGCCUGGCCCUCAACCAGGCUAUCAGGGGACUUGAACAAAGGUGACACAACUCAUGGGAAACAAGGACAAUUAAAGGGAGACCUGCGUGCCAUUGACAGGGCUGGGGCAGUCCAGGAAGACUGCCUAGGGGAGGGGGAGGGGUAGGCUGGCAGAGAAAUAUUUGAGAGGGGUAAGCAGGCUCUGUUUGAGGACAGUUAAGGGACCAGCUUUAGAGAGGAUGUGGUAUGCUGGGAAUCAGGAGGAGGGGCAAGUAGAGGGUUGAAAGUCAGGCAGAAGGGCCUGGUUUGAUAGCAGGUAGGACCAAGACCAGCCACUGGGAUAAGGAUGAUGUCCUAGGCUAAACCUUGCUGGCCUGGGAGAAUUUGGAGGGAGGAUUUUGCUAGGUGGCGGUUGGACAUGCCAAGUGUGAAGGAUGGUGAGUACAGAGCCAGGGGAAAAGGUAGAGGGCAGGAAGCAACUCGGAGAGGCUCCACAACAUGGGGAUUUGGAGGUAGAAAGAGGAGCUCAGGCCACAGAGGUGGGCUCAGACUUUGUCCUGGUGUGGUGGGGGUAGUACUGAGGCCUGUGUCUCUGCCAGUAACUUGCAUAGAUCUGGCCUUUGCCUGGUCUCAGCCAGAGGGUUCCAGCAGCUUGAGACCCCGAAGGCCAAGCCAUGGGGCCUUGCCUUCAUGGGUCCUGCUGGGGAAGGAACCAAAAGUCCAUGGAGCCUGGGAGCCCCUUUUACAGCUCAGUACCCACCAGAGAGAGCCACAUCAAAGGCCCAAAGGCUUUCGUAGGUGGGGCGGGGGGUGCCUCUCAGGUGCUUCUCCUAAGGGACACAUGAUUGCCAAGGGCCACAGUGGGCCUGGGGUGGACAGAGAGGAAUUGGGGAAAUCCCUGGGGCCGCAGGUGUUAGGGCUUCUCAAGAGUUCUGCCAGUUCCACUCUGGACUGGUCCUUUGGUACCUGCCACUGGCCCCAGCUGGGGUCAGGGUAAACAAAUACAAAGACUGGUGUGUCCAGGCCCAAAUGUGGAAGUUGCUUCUCCCUUUUGCUUCCCAUUUCAGUAUCCACCCUGCUCAGCAGACUCCAGGUGCAGAGAAACAGGGCCUCUGGGGCAGGAGAAGAGGGGACCAGUGGGUCUCAGGGUAACUUGGCCAAGUCAACCUCUUCCUACGCCCAAGAAGUUCCUGAAUCACAAGGAGGGAUAGUGUAUGACUUCUCUGUGUGAAACUAGGGGCCUGAGACCCCCAUUCCUGCCAUCCACACCGCCAUCUGCUUUAACCCCAGGAGACUCAACAAUUCAUAGAGCUGCCUUCAAAUCAUACAGCCUCCUGGUCCCACCUCCUAGUAAAGGCAACAGGAAAUCAUGGGAUAAAGAGAGAAAGCCCGCAUACCCACCAGACACCCAUCCUGGGAUGAUAUCCUCUUUGCUGCUCCAUCUGAGGAGCCCAGGUGAAGAGCUGCUGAGGUAAAGGAGCUGGUAGAGGGAUUUCACAUCUUGAGUAAAGGAUGGGUGAGGAGGACUCUGAGUUCAAACUAAGCAAGGAGUAUGAGUGUUGUGGGGUUUCCCUAGCUAUUUCAGAGUCUGGACCUGGUUCCUGGGCAAGCUUCCAGCCCAGUCUCCCAUUCUGUUGGAAAGAGAGACUGAAUUUUAGAGCCCUGGUAGGUUCUGGUAUCCUGUCUAGCCGCUGGAAAAAGAAAAAUAAACCCACCACCCAAUCACCACCUGGCCCUGAAGAGAGGGGCCCCAUAGACCUGCACUCUGCCCCUAGCCCAGCUCCUCACACUGUCCCUGAGCCAGGGCUGUCCUUGGCCAAACCCCAAGUGUGGUAGGCAAAAUAACAGUCCCCCAACAAUGUCCACGUCCUAAUCCCUAGAACCUGUAAAUAUGCUACUUUAUAUAGCAAAGGGGACUUGUCAGAUGUGAUUAAGAACCUUGAAUGAGACUAUCCUGGAUUAUCCAGAGGGCUAGAUCUAAUCACGAGUCCUUAAAAGUGGAGAACUUUUCCUAACUAUAUUCAGAGAUGUGACGAUGGAAGAAAGGUCAGAGAGAUGCGCCAUUGCUGGCUUUGAAGAGGGAGAAAGGGGACUACCAGCCAAGGAAUGUGGGCAGCCUCUAGAAUUUGGAAAAGGCAAGAAAACUGGUUCUUCUAGAGCUUCAGGAAAGGAACACAGCCCUGCUGACACCUUGAUUUUAACCUAGUGAGCCUUUUGUUGGCCUUUGGACCUACGGGAAGUGUGAGGUAAUAAAUUUGUGCUGUUUUAAGCCCCCAAGUUUGUGGCAGUUUGUUACUGCAGCAACAGAAAACCAGUAGGCCAUGGGUGCCUCAGCCUCUCCCUGUACAGUGAGGGCAGAGGAACAGUGGGUGUGAGCAGGCACCUCGAUGAGGCUGAGGAAGUCUCUGAAAGGCAGCCGGGAGUGUGCG